CUAUUGUUAUAAGUGCGAUUAAUCGUGAUUAACUUUUUAAGCGUGAUUAAUUUUUUUGAGUUGAGUUAAUCGAGUGAAUUACCGCGAUUGGCAGCCCUAAUAAAAAUGCAUAAAGUAAGUUAAUAUAUUAAAGAAAUAACUCAAGUAUCUGUUUUUGACCCUGUAAAUUUGUAACUUUUUUUAAAUCUGUCCAAAUAGUUUGGGAAUACCUGCAUGAAACAGCUACUAGACAGAUUUAAUUUGUAUCAAACAAAUCAAGUUCAUUGUGAAGAUUUCUGGGGCCCAGUUGUUUUCAAGAUAACAUUCACAAUCUGAGGCACUUCUAACAACUGCAGUGUGAGGGAUAAGACUCCAUUCACCUAAUAUGACUGAAUAGUCUCAAUUUCCCUCUUGUUAAGUGUGCACAGAUCUGACACCACAGGCUCAGGAGAUACUUCACUUUGUUUGCUGAUUUAUGCUUUUAUCAAAACUGUUUCAGCAGAGCCGAGUUUAAUUUUUAAAAGGCAAGAACGAAAUUUAAUUCAGAAACAGAUUAAAAACCAAACAAACCACUAGAAACAAAUCCUUAAACUGCCUGUGAAAGAUGUCAGCUUGACAAGCCUGGAAUUGCUCACAACUGUCCCAUGGCAUGCCUAGGAAGCAUCAUCUUCUGCAAGUAGAUAAUCUCAAUUGUCUGUUAUGAUGCAGGGGUGGGUUUUAUUUUGAAGUCUGUGCAGAGAAACAGUAGUAAGCAAUUAAAAGUUUCUAGCAAAGAUGGAACCCAAGGUUGAUCAGUUUAAUUGAAGAGGUGCUAAGCACCUCAGGACCCAUGAAUGUGAACUAGGGCCUUAACUACACCGCAGAGUUUUGUCGCCAAAAGGCAGCUUUUGGCAACAAAAGAGUGGAGAUGUACACACUGCAAUUCCACUUUUGGUAAAAAAAAAACCAUUGCCGUUUCAGCGACAAAAUAAAACCACCUUGACAAGAGACAUAGGGCUUUUUGCGCAAAAGUUUUGUCAGCAAAGUGCCAAUGCAGACACCACACUUGAUUGCAUCGCUUUAAUUAGCCUCCAGAAGGUGUCCCACAAUGCCCAUCCUGACUGCUCAGGUCAGCUGUUCCAACUCCACUGCCCUGCAGUCAGGUAAGCCACAGUCCACUCCUUCCCCUUUAAAGUCCUGGCAAUUUUUGAAAUUCCACUUCCUGUUUGCUCGGCCUUAAGAGUUCACAUCGCAUCUUUCCAGGUGACAAUGGCGGCUCCAUGUGACAAACGGUCUCCCGCGUGGAACAAUGUGGAUCUGCUGGAUCUGCUCAGUAUUUGGAGAGAAGAGGUAAUGCAGUCCCAGCUGUGCUUCUGCCAUAAGAAUUUCAAUACCUACAGGCAGAUUUCUCAAAACCUGUGCCAAAAGGGCUAUGACUGGGACACGUUGCAGUGCAGAGUAAAACUCAAGGCGCUACGGCACGCGUACCAGAAGACAAGGGAGGCAAACCGUUGCUCUAGUGCUGCACCACAGACCUGCCAUUUUUAUAUGGAGUUGGACGCUACUCUCAGUGGUGACCCCACUUCCAAGAGCCCCAUGGAUACUUCAUCAGGGCUGGAGCUGGCAGAAAAUGGACCUAACCCAGAGGACGAAGUUAUCAAUCAACACGUAGAAUUAGACAAUCAUGUGGAGCCCACAGCAGGGUUGCAGUGUGGUGUUUCUAGUCAGGAGCUGUUCUACACUCCAGAGGUGUCUAGCCAGUCUCAGCAGUCACACUCCAACAAGCAAGAAGCAGGAGAGGAGAUCCCUGAGGCAUCCCCUACACACUGGUGGAGUGCCUCCGCUGGAUAAGAAAGCGCCCACGGCGGAGCAAGGAGGACAUGUUCCAGGAGCUGCAAUACUCAAAUGCAGAAAAGAGGGAACGCAGGCAGUGGAGGAAAAUUGAAAGGCAGGACAGAAAAGAAAAUGAGGCCUUUAUUAGGGACCCAACUGACAGGAUGAUUAAAAUUAUGGAGCAGCAAACAAAUGCUGAAGUCCCUUAUAACGCUCCAGACUGAGCAGAUGGUGCAUGCCCACCUUCCCCUUCAGAACUCUUUUCUAUGCCUUCCCCAAACUCCACCUUGCGCAUUCCUUUCUGCUUUCUGGGACUUCUCGCUUUCCCAUUCACUCCACCCCAGACACCUUUUAAAAUGAUAGCUGGACUUACGCACUGCUCUAAAAGUCAGCCAUCCCCUGCUACCUCCUCUCCCCUCAAGCAUUUUUGUGUGUGGGGAGUAUUGUUUUUUGUGCAAUAAAAGCUAAGUUUUUUGAAUGAUAAGCAAUCUUUGUUUCCUGCAAAUUGUGAUAGCAGAUGGCAGCAACAAAUAAGCAGUUUAAUCAUUUGCUUACAUAGAAUCCUAGGCCACAAAAAUCACAAGUGCUUCCUUGCAAAACUCAAUUUCAUUGAGUUGGGAAUUAGCUGAUGUGAUUGCAGAGCCACUGGCCAUUAUCUUUGAAAACUCGUGGUAAUUGGGGGAGGUCCCGUCCGAUUGGAAAAAGUCAAAUAUAGUGCCCAACUUUAAAAAAGGGAAGGAGAACCCAAGGGACUACAGACCUGUCAGCCUCACCU